AUGAGCCGGGUCCGAGAGGAGCAGGUCCUGCCCACAGGCCAGUGGCUGCCCUGCCCGAUGGAGUCCCGCCUGGGGGGCUCCACGCCGGCGGGGCUGGCACUGCCGGGGGUCAAGCCAGCCCCGCCUGCCCCCGCCUACCUCCCAGCACCCCUGAGACGAGGCUCUGCCCGUGCUGGAAGGGGGGACUGGCUACAGGCGGGCACAGGGGCCCCCAGUUGUGCCCCCUCACCGCCCCCUCGAGGCUCUGCUUCCCAGGGUCUUUGGGUCCCAACGGCCUCACCGCGCUGGGGAAAGGGAGCCCCAGAGAGCAGCCAUUCAUCUGAGCCACGCAGGGGUGAAGCAGCCAUCCCGGGGCCUCUGACUCGCAGCCGGGGCUCCUUCCUCGGGAUCAGUCUUUCGGAGAAGGCGCCCGUGGCAGAGGGAGGCCUGCAAACCAAGCUUGCUCUUUGCUCCUUUCUCCUCCGAAGCGCUCCUUCCCCCCAAGGAGCUCCCAAGAAUGGGCCUGGCUUCUCUUUGAGGAGUCGUCGGGCCCAGCCUCUUGGGGGGAGCACGAUCCCUGGGAAGAAGGCCUCACUGAUGCCCAGCACCAUCCGGAAAGGCCUUCCAGCUCGGCAGGAUGAGCCGGAGUCUGGCCCAGGGACAACACGGGAAGGAUGUGGCUUCACCUCCCAGCUUGGAGGAGGCAUCCAAGAUGGCCCCAGGGAAGCCCGACUCAGGGGGGGCCUCCCCAGCUCUGAAGAAAAGCUGUACAUCAGAGCCAGCCUGGACCAAGCCAGGGAUGAGCAGCCCUGGGCCCUGACGCUCCAGAGGGACCGAACUUGCUCAAGAUGGCGGCCACCCCGGCAGCAUGCUGGCCCAGACCUCAUUCUGGGAUUCCCAGGGCCCGCUUGGCAGGUUGUUGCUUCCCCCAGUCCUUCGGGGCUUAGAAGAUCGCCAAUAGACAGUAAGAAUAUCCUCCAGAGCUCGGCCAUGUCCCCUCCAGACCGUUUUGCAGAUGGGGAAGGGAGGCAGCAGGGGCCAGCCCCGCCCGGGGAGGGGCGGGGGUGGAGCCGGGGAGGCCCCGCCCCCUGGCUCAGCGCGCCGCGCCCUAUAAAUCCGGGCUCCGCAGACUCGGCGGUCCAGUCUCUCUUCGUCCUGUCUCUGCCGCCCCCGACCGACAGCCGCCCCAACAUGGCCCCGGAGCUGUACCACAAGGAGUUCGCGGUGGCGGGCCAGAAGCCCGGCCUGCAGGUGUGGCGCGUGGAGCAGCUGGACCUGGUGCCGGUGCCCGUCCAGCAGCACGGCAGCUUCUUCGUGGGGGAUGCCUACCUGGUGCUGUACACCGCGGCCGGGCCCCGCCAGGGCUUCUUCUACCGCCUGCACUUCUGGCUCGGGAAGGAGAGCUCUCAGGACGAGCGGGGGGCCGCGGCCAUCUUCACCAUGCAGAUGGACGACUACCUCGGGGGGAAGCCCGUGCAGUGCCGAGAGCUACAAGGCUACGAGUCCACCGAGUUUGUCAGCUACUUCAAAGGAGGGAUCAAGUACCAGAAUGGAGGUGUGGCAUCUGGAUUCCAUCACGUCAUCACCAACGAUCUGACUGCCAAAAGACUGCUGCAUGUGAAGGGCCGCCGCGUGGUCCGGGCCACCGAAGUGCCCCUCAGCUGGGAGAGCUUCAACAUGGGAGACUGCUUCAUCAUUGAUCUCGGCAUGGACAUCUACCAGUGGUGCGGCUCAUCCUGUAACAAGUACGAGCGUCUCAAGGCCAACCAGGUCGCCCACGACAUCCGGGACAACGAGAGGAAAGGACGCUCCCAUCUGGUUGUCGUGGAGGACGGGGAGGAGCCCCCUGAGCUGCUCAAGGUUUUAGGCAACAAGCCCCAGCUGAGGGAGGGCGACGUGGACGCCGAUUACGAGGCUGACAACACCAACCGGAGGAUGGCCAGGCUGUACAUGGUCUCCGACGCCUCCGGGGCUAUGCAGGUGUCGCUUGUGGCCGAGGAGAACCCCUUCUCCAUGGACGUGCUGCGCUCCGAGGAGUGCUUCCUCCUGGAACACCUGGCGGCCCAGCAGAUUUUUGUGUGGAAAGGCAAAGACGCCAACCCCGAGGAGAGGAAGGCCGCCAUGAACAUGGCAGAAGAGUUCCUGCAGGACAUGGGCUAUCCGCCCAGUACCCACAUUCAGGUGCUUCCCGAGGGGGGGGAGACGUCCAUCUUCAAGCAGUUCUUCAGGAACUGGAGGGAGCGCGACCAGAGCGACGGCUUCGGGAAGGUGUGCGUCACGGAGAAGGUGGCCCGGGUCCCGCAAAUCCCCUUCGAUGCCCAGAGGCUGCACGCGUCCCCCCAGAUGGCAGCCCAGCACCACAUGGUGGAUGACGGCUCCGGGUCGGUGGAGAUAUGGCGCGUGGAGAGUAAUGGCAGAGUCCAAGUGGACCCGCAGACUUACGGAGAGUUUUAUGGGGGUGACUGCUACAUCAUCCUGUACACCUACUCCAAAGGGCAGAUCAUCUACACCUGGCAGGGGGCGCACGCCACCCGAGAUGAGCUCGUCCACUCAGCCUUCUUGACCGUGCAGCUGGACCGCUCCUUGGGAGGGACGCCUGUGCAGGUUCGAGUCUCCCAAGGCAAGGAGCCUGCACACUUGCUGAGCCUCUUCAAAGACAAACCCCUCAUUAUUUACAAGGAUGGGACAUCCCGGAAAGGAGGACAGACCCCUCCUGCCCCUACACGCCUCUUCCAAAUCCGCCGAAACCUGGGCUCCAUCACCAGGAUUGUGGAGGUGGAGCUGGACGCCGACUCGCUGAAUUCCAACGACGUUUUUGUCCUGAAACUGCCCCGGAGCGGCGGCUACACGUGGGUCGGGAAAGGGGCCAGCGCGGAGGAGGAGAGGGGAGCCGAGUACCUGAAGGGCGUCCUCAGGUGCCAGACCACGAGGGUCCCAGAAGGCCAGGAGCCAGCGGAAUUCUGGGAAGGCCUGGGCGGGAAGAAGCCCUACCAGACGUCCCCGCUGCUCGAGAGCCCGGCCUGCAACCACCCUCCCCGGCUCUUCGGCUGCUCCAACAAGACCGGCCGCUUCCUAAUCGAGGAGGUUCCCGGAGAAUUCACGCAGGACGACUUGGCCGAGGAUGACGUCAUGCUGCUGGACGCUUGGGAACAGAUCUUCCUUUGGAUUGGCAAAGAUGCCAAUGAAGUGGAGCGAUCGGAAUCCAUCAAGUCGGCCAAGGCCUACCUGGAGACCGACCCUUCGGGCAGAGACCAGAGGACGCCGGUGGUCAUCGUCAAGCAGGGCUACGAGCCUCCCACGUUCACCGGCUGGUUCCUGGGAUGGGACGCCCACAAAUGGUGAAGGCGGGUCACGGGAAGAAGAAUCCCUGCGACGGCCGUCCUGGGCUCCCCUUUGGAAGGAUGACCCGCUCGGCCGUGGAGUCACUUGUCUUCUGUUCCCGAGCCGGACUUCUCACUCACACCGAUGGCGGAAAGGACACCAGGGACACUCGGGCAGCAAACGGGGCUCACGGGGUUCACAGCAGAAGGGACCGCGGAGCUUUACAAAUGGGGAAACUGAGGCCCGUCCCAGGCUCCAAGGGGCCCAUGUGACAGUGAGGUGGCACACCAGGGUCUUGGAAGACCCUCUGUGGGCUCCUCCGUGCCAGCACCUUUGGGUCUGGUGGCGUCACUGGCUGACGCCGUGGCCCUCCAGAGCCUGCCCGGCCCAUCCCAAAGCCGCCAGGGGGCCUCCAUCCCCUCCAGCUCGCCUGGAAACCUUCUGCCAUAGUAUGGAAUGAUGCUGGGAAGACGCCGGCUCCCUCGCACUCGGCUCCACGGAUUCCUCUUCUCUGUCCAAUCGUGAUUUCUGUGUCCUUCAGCCAAACUCCUCGAAUGCCACUCCUUUGGGGGGCUUUUUAUAAACGGCUUCAGAUGCGUCUGAGUCACCACUUUUUAGGGGGGUCUGGGGGGGUUGGGGGGGCUUUUAUGAACUUGCAGCUACAUUUAGUCGUGUUUAGGCUUGGGGUGUUCGGAGAGGCAAACUGAGGGCCUACGAGGUGACCCCACAGCCGCUCAGCCUCACUUCCUCGUGCUGUAAAAUGUUUAACGCAAAAUCCCCCAAUAAAGAGACUAUUCAGUGCCUCGCC